AUGAAAGAGCUGAUCUGGGCGCCGCUAGAUAUGAACUCGACCUUUUUCGACUUCCAGGACGCAAAUCAUGCCCCUAAUCAACUUGCUUCGGGUUACUACUGGGACAAAAAGGAAGGAAAAUACGGUGAGGUUCCUGCCAUGAACAUUACCCAGCUCAGCGGCGCCGGGGCAGUUUUCUCCAAUGUCCUCGACUAUGCUGAGUGGUUAAAAUGCCUACUUCACGAGGCAGCUCCAUUCUCCAAAGAGGUACACAGGGAUAUAAAGUCUCCAAGAAUGAUUGAACCCACGCAGCUGGAUGGCUCCAGCGACAUGAUCACAUAUGGACUCGGCUGGCACCGCAGCCUCUUUAAGGGGAAUGAUAUAUAUACUCACAGCGGAGGGGUGCAUGCCUAUGGAGCCCAGGUCUAUUGGUUACCUAACAUCAGAUAUCAAAAGAUGAUGAAGGAAUUAGACCUUACUGCAGAUGAGUCUGUUGAUAUUCUCUACCCUAAGCUUCCUAAGCCGCCGUUGCCCCCUACUGUGAACAUCACGGAGUUGCAGGGCAUAUACUACGACCCAGGGUAUGGACGAAUUACGUUACGGGAAGAACCUCACCCUGAUAGAUCAGAUGAGAAAAUUCUUGUCGCAGACCGCCACGACAUGACAUGGAAGUACCAGAUGAGGCUGCAUCACGUUUCCGGUGACUAUUGGAUUAUCUACCUGCCUUUUUUUGGAGAAUCCAGGGGAGAAGAAACCGAUACUAUUGAUGCUUCUAGCUUAAAACACCAACGAAGGCGACAUCGGGAUCGUAGCAGCCCUGGAGUGGCAGAAUAUAAGAAAUUUCGUGGCGAGUAA